AUCAGUUUAAUUUUACAACAAAAGUCCUGAAUCCAAGCUGGCACUAGUUGUAGACAGGAUAUGUCAUAUUGGAGGCAUCGGACACAUCAACAGCAAAGCAAUCUUCAUGAAUUUUUCGAUAAACUAACCAAAUAAUGGUGAAUUACUGCACAGUUUUGGGUUGCCACAAUCGCUCAGAUCGUGAGAAACAUCUGCACUUCUACCGAUUACCUAAAAUAAUUGAAAAUCAGGGGGAGGAAACCACAAAAUUGUCAGAGGAGCGUCAUCGUCUCUGGCUUGCCAAACUAAACCAAGAUCUGACCGACAAAAAUCCACACAACAUAAGAGUGUGUUCAGUUCACUUUGUAUCAGGUAUGACUUUUUUUAAGUUCUGAUCAAUGUCCUAAAAUUAAGCAUGACACCAUAUUUCUACUGUCUAGCCGUGAUGGUGCCUCUGUAUGUUCUCUUGAGAGUAAGCUCAAGUUAAAAAUCACAAUCAGCCAUCUGCUGUCAGCUGAGGUCGGCCCACAGGAGAUGUGCAUUCAUGAUCUACAGUAUAUCACUGUACAUGUAAUGUACACAGUACACACCUUUGCUUUCACCAGACAUUUUCACUAAAUUUCCGUGCUUUUCGUUCCCUGACCCAGCUGCAGCACAUCUGGUUAUAGGCUUCUAGUCCCUUGAAACACUUCAGAUCCUCAGCAGUGUGUGGACUUGGAGAAAAAAUGUAUUAGUUGAUGAUGUCUGGGUAUGUCACAACCGGCAGCAAUGCAUUGUCUUCACUCACUUCCUCUCCUAUUUCGUAUGAUUCCAGGCCGUCGAUUAACUGCAGUUUCUUCAGAUAGUAGGCUCUUACACUGGGCCUUCUACAUAUUUUCUAGGAGCUUCUGUCUUCUUAUUGCAAGUUUCUUUAACCAAUGCCAUUACAAAAAUUGAGAUUUUUUUUUUUUGCAUGAAAUGCAAGCAUUGUUUAUUUACGAAAAUCAGUGUCUCCAACGUGGCAUACAUCUGAAACUUUCGUGUUUUGGUGAUGUUGGUGAAAACACUCUAUUCGAGGUCCAGAAAGCUGGUAUAGGGUAAGAUGGCCUGGGCCAAUCUUUUGCACUUUGACAGCUUUGUUAGCCAUUGCAAACAGGCAGAGAAAUAUCUGGCCAACAAGCGUUCUUGAUAAAUAAAUAAAAUAAAGAAAGGGGUGGGGGGUGUUGAAUUUUGAAAAGGAACAGUUGAGUGUUGUGUGAUCUGUCUAAUGAAAGAGUAGGAGAAAGAAUUACUGCAGACUCAUCAUCCAGUUGCUUGUUAAGCAAAGAGAAAACCAUGAAAUGGGGAAAAGUCAGGCCAAGCAAAGAAAAAAAUAUUUUUUUUUCUUUACUUUUUGAACAAAGUAACCGUUUCUAGCACUACUAUAAUGUCAAGUUUCAAGUCAAGUUUAUUUGUAUAGCACUUUUAACAAUAAACAUUGUCACAAAGCAGCUUUACAGAAUUUGAACGACUUAAAGGAACAGUCCACCGUACUUCCAUAAUGAAAUAUGUUCUUCUCUGAAUUGAGACGAGCUGAUCCGUACCUCUCCGAGCUUUGUGCGACCUCCCAGUCAGUCAGACGUGCUGUUACUCCUGUUAGCAAUGUAGCUAGGCUCAGCAUGGCCAAUGGUAUUUUUGGGGGCUGUAGUUAGAUGCGACCAAACUCUUCCACGUUUUUCCUGUUUACAUAGGUUUAUAUGACCAGUGACAUGAAACAAAGUUCAGUUACACAAAUUGAAACGUGGCGAUUUUCUAUGCUAUGGAAAGUCCGCACUAUAAUGACAGGCGUACUAACACCUUCUGCGCGCUUCGACAGCGCAUUGAUACCUUCACUCCUGUUUUCCCCCUCUCCCCCCUCUCCCCCGCCCUCCUGACUUCCGUCAAUACACAGCCAAUGUGACUGGAAACAUCAGUGCUGUGGUCAGUAAUAGUCAGAGGUUAGUCGAGGAAUCAUCUGUUUGCGAGCCAAACUGAGCGGCUAAAAAACAAUGGUUAUUACAUGCAUCGUGCCGGGUUGUGGCAACAAGCCGAGGGUUUACAGUCCCGUGAUGUUUCACAACAUUGCAACUUAUUACAAACGGCGGAAAGUUUGGCUAGCUGCUUUACAGGAUCCCUCAACACCGCUGGACGUUGUGAAGAGCUGGAGAGUUUGCUCCGAACAUUUCACAGAUGAGGACUACACAGCAACUGGAAAACGACUGAAUGACACGGCAACACCAUCAAUUCAGAAAUUACGCAUCCAAUGCAGUGACUCAUCGCUCAACAUUGAAGAGUCAAGUGAUGCACAGCAUGAUCUGCCUGAACCAGAGGAAACCUUUUUUGAGGGUGUUCCUCAUUCAACCUCCCAGAAGCAAAAAGCUGAGGAGACAACAUCUACAUUCCGAGCACCCUUGCCUGUCCAGCUAGCCAGUCCUUCACACGCACGUCCUCCCAAAAGAGCUGUCCUGGCUCCCAUGUGGACAAAGCAAUCAGACACUGCAUCUUCAUCGACAACGAUGGCCACCAUCCAUAGUCCACGAAAAAGCCUUAUAUAUGAGGUGUCCCAGGCCUCAAGUUCUGCUGCGAUGGAACCAUUGGGUUUCAGGAAAGGACUGGACAACAUCCUGAAUGAGGGCAUCGAUGUAACAGUGGUCACCACUGACCGGCAUCCCUCCAUCCGAAAAAUUAUGAGAGAGGAGUAUCCUAACAUCAUUCAUCAGUUUGACCCAUGGCAUGUAGCAAAAGGAUUUAAAAAGAAAAUGGUAGCGACAUCCAACAGGAGGGAGUACAAAGAUUUUGCUCCUUGGGUCCGGAGUGUCACCAACCACAUGUGGUGGAGCUGUUGCACCUGCAAAGGAAAUCCAAAGGAGCUGCUCAGGCGAUGGAUUUCUCUCCUACACUACAUCACUGGGGUCCACCGCUGGGAAGACAAUGGCAUGGAAUACAGAUGUUUCCACAAAGAGUUGUCUGCACAGCAACAAAGAAGCAAGAGGUGGCUAAAAGUGAAUUCCCCUUCCUACAAAGUCCUGAAGUUGAUGAUGAUGGACACUCGCUUCCUCAAAGACCUUCAACAGAUGACUGUUCAAACAUACAAGACAACUUGAGGUGUUUCACAAUGCACUCUUGAAGUACUGCCCAAAGCGACUUCAUUUUGAAUACCCUGCAAUGAACUAUGCUUGCAAUCAUGGACCACAAUGAGAAUCACUCAAGAGAACGGGAACAAGCAAGAACUGCAGGAGGCCUCCUAAGAACCAAUGUUGUCCACAAAAAGCAAACGGGUCGUUGGAUUUCAAGACCAAUAUAUGCGGAGACAACGCAGACAUUCAGAGAUGAUCUCAUGGAACGAGUGCUUCAAAGAAGACUUGACCCCUCAGUCCGACCCAAGGACAAGUCAUUUCAUAUGCAAAUACCUCAACUGCCUGCCAACAUUGCUCCCGUACUAAAGCCCAGGAAAGAGGAGGCCAAGAAAUCACACACCUCGAGAUUCCAAGGCCCAUCAAAGAAGGACUAACUGGUGUUUCAACUGCCAACAAACAUUAUUGAAAGACAUCUGUAACUGACUUGCUGUUUUGUUUUGUGUGUGUGUGUGUGCCUGUGUGUUUUCUCCUCUUCUCUGCACUUGGUUUUCUCUCAGCGUUUUCAGAAUGUCUGCUGCAAAACUGAUAUGGGGUAUACAGUAAUUGGUCGCUCCUCUUAUUAUUCCAGUAUCAGUUGGGGUGAGGGUUUUUUCCACCAUACCGCUGCAAUCUCUCCACCCAUAUGUUGUAAAAAUUUUAUUUAUUAUUGUUUUUGAAUACUCCUGAACUCCAUUUUUUACACCUGUAAAUAAAUU